AUAUAAGUUAUUUCAUUACUUGUAAAAUAAGAAUUUUCAAGUUAAAUUAUUUCUGAAUAUAAAUAGGUGACAUUCAUGUUGGAGCAUACCAAAAAUGAUAGUAUGCCACAUAAAUGAAGAUAGAGGGAGUAGUUACAAAGACAUGGUUAUUUGUCACAACGUUAUUACAAUGUAAUUAUUGACAUCACCUUUCAUUGCACAGAUAUAAUUACAUAAUUAAAUAUUUUUUAAUUUUAAAAUGAAAUUUAAUUAUCAGAAAUAGAAUAAACUUCUUUUAGAGAGAAGAAAGAUAACAAAGAAGAAAAAGGAGAAUGACUUGCAUAGUGUUGCUCAAGUCAAAGGAUGAGAAAUCUAAUAUUGUGUGGGGUGGAAAUUGAAAGUGAUCUUUAUCUUUGUUUUUUGUGGAAAGUGAUCUCAUUUCCUCAUCAACUUGAAAGAGAAAUAGCAAUUAUUCAUUUCUAUCCAUCAUUUGACUUCAUCCUCUUCCGUUUCUCUUUCACAGAAUUAUUUUUUCUCUGUAACACUUGUUAACUUUAGAUCCACAAUAUACUUUUUUAUUCCACUUCAUUACAACUUCCACUUGGUGUUCCAAGAACUAAUGAAGUCCACAAUAAAUCCCAGCGGGGUUAGCUCCUAGCUUGAAUGUCGCAGAGGUCAAUUUAAAAACAACGUAGAAUAAUCUCAGACAAACUGAAAAAUCAGUGUGUGGGAGGGAAGACGAGUAAAUGGCUCACGCUGCCGUCGUAUCUCUUCAACAAAAGCUGCAGGAAAUGCUGAAAGACUCCAAUUCUCGUUACUGUGAACUACGUCAACUACGUCAAAUGAUCAGUUCCUGGCACGCUUUUCUGGAGGACUCUUUGUCGAAAAGAAAUGCUCCAGAAGCAGUGGAAUAUUUGGAGAAGCAGGUUAAUCAUUUGGCAACUCAACUUCUAGAUAGUAUCAACUUAUAUGAAUUGAAAAAGAGAUCACCUGGUUCCUAUCCAGAAAGUUGGAAAGUGUUCCAGGAAGAGGUAGUGAGAGCAGGUUCCGAUAGCAUAAAGGAAUAUUUGAUGAAGGUUAAGAAUGCUCGGAAUGACAUUGAUGCUCUGCCAACAUGGGAACACAUCGAGAAUGAUUCAGAAUACCGUCCCCAUCUCCAAGCUACUGUGUUAGACCUUGAUAAUGACUUAAUGACUGUUAAAUCUCGGCUUUUAUGUCCUCCUUCAAAGCUAGACGUCAUCUCAAUUGUUGGCAUGGGAGGAAUUGGCAAGACGACUCUUGCUAGGAAAGUUCAUGAUGAUAUUUACAUGGAGCAUCACUUCUAUAUUCGUGCUUGGAUUACUGUAUCUCAAAUGCAUCAACGUAGAGAAAUGUUGUUGAGCAUUUUGAGGUGUUUAUCACUGGUCAAUGACAACACCUACCUAAAGAGUAAUGAGCAAUUAGCAGAACAAGUUUACAAAAGUUUGAAAGGAAGGAGAUAUCUUAUUGCAAUGGAUGAUGUUUGGGACACCAAUGCAUGGGAUGAUGUGAAAAGAUCUUUUCCAGAUGAUAAAAAUGGAAGCCGUGUCAUACUGACUAGUCGGCUAGCAAAUGUCGGUAACCAUGCUAGCUCAGGCAGCCCUCAUUACAUGCGGUGCCUAAGUGUGGAACAGAGCUUGAAGUUGUUCAACUUAAAGGUGUUUGGAAGGGAGACUUGCCCCUUUGAGCUGGAGAAAGCUACCAAGCAAAUAGUCGAGAAAUGUCAAGGACUACCACUAGCAAUAGUUGUGGUUGCUGGAUUUUGUUCCAAGAUCAGCAAGACGGAAAACUGUUGGGAAGAUGUAGCACAUAAAAUUGGUCUGGUUAUGAGUAGGAACACAGAAGAAUGCCUGGACUUACUCGCCUUGAGUUAUAACCAUUUGCCACGUCACUUGAAGACAUGCUUCCUGUAUAUGGGAGUUUUUCCAAAAGACUUUGAGAUUAGUGUUUCAAGACUAAUCAAGCUAUGGAUCGCUAAGGAAUUUGUAGAAUGGACACCUGCAAAGGACUUGGAAAGUUAUUUCUCAGAAGAAGAAAAGGACCUCGGAGAUUAUUUCUCAAAAAAAGAAAAGGACUUAGAAGAAGUUGCUGAGGGAUACCUGAGAGAUCUUAUAGAUAGAAGUCUAAUUAUGGUUAGGAAAAAGACCUCAAGUGGCAAGGUCAAAACAUGUGAGGUUCAUGAUCUAUUGCAUGAUUUAAUCGUAAGAGAGGCAUGGAAGGAGAGAUCAAUCUACUUUACUAAAUCUAAUUUGAUAGUUUCUCCACCAGUGGCAUCUUUUGAGCAUCGCAUCAUUUUCAAUUUUCGCAUAGCCCCAGAGUUGAAGUAUGAUUAUGGUGGACCUUCACUUCCUUAUGCAAGUUCUUUUCUUUGUUUUGGAAAAGAUGGAACUCCUGGAUCCUGUACUCAGAUUGAUUCGUUUAUCACCUUUACCAACUUCUCAUGGUUAACGGUAUUGGAUAUAUGUUUUCAGCCAUUUGACCAUCUACCACGUGAAAUAUGGCAAUUAUCCCAACUGAGGUGUCUUGCCCUUGCCAGUUUUAAUGUCCUCCCUCCAUCAGUGAGCAAUCUUUCGCAUCUUCAGACACUAAUUCGUUACAGUCACCAGGCUAGUAUUUGUUUGCCGGCAGAGAUAUGGGAGUUUAAACAAUUAAGGCAUCUCUAUUUCAGGAAGUGCUGCUACUUUCCUGAUAAUGCAUCAUCUGAACCAGAACGAUAUCUGGACAGGUUACUCUCUAAACUUGAAUUAACCGAGCUGCAAGCCCUGUCUUCUUCUCUGGGCAGCUCUAGUCGCUCUAAUCUUGCAUUAACCAAUCUGCAAACCCUUUUAAGGCAUCUCUAUUUCAGGAAGUGCUUCUACUUUCCUGAUAAUGCAUCUCAACCAGAAAGAUAUCUGGACAGGAUUCUCUCUAAUCUUGAAUUAACCGAGCUGCAAGCCCUGUCUUCUUCUCUGGGCAGCUCUAGUUGCUCUAAUCUUGCAUUAACCAAUCUGCAAACCGUUUUAAGGCAUCUCUAUUUCAGGAAGUGCUGCUACUUUCCUGAUAAUGCAUCUGAACCAGAAAGAUAUCUGGGCAGGUUUCUCUCUAAUCUUGAAUUUACCAAGCUGCAAGCCCUGUAUUCUUCUCUGGUCAGCUCUAGUCGCUCUAAUCUUGCAUUAACCAAUCUGCGAAUCCUUUUAAAGCAUCUUCGUUUAUGGAAGCACUUCGACUGUCAUGAUAAUGCAUCUGAACGAGAAAGAUAUCUGGACAGGUUUCUCUCUAAUCUUGAAUUAACCGAGCUGCAAGCCCUGUCUUCUUCUCUGGGCAGCUCUAUUCGCUCUGGCAGCUCUAGUCGCUCUAAUCUUGCAUUAACCAAUCUGCAAACCCUUUCUUACAUUACCUUCGGUAGUAUUACAUGGGGCGUCUUCAUAGGCAUGCCUAACCUGAAGAAGUUAGGAAUUCGCGAGAGUGAAGAAGAGUGCUUGACUGCUGAAGCAAUGUCUGGAAACCUCAAGAAGCUGAUUCUGCUGGAUCACCUUCAAACACUAAAGUGUUUCUUUAUCAAACGUUGGAUACUUCAACAAUGUGAUGUUUUCCCACCAACCCUCAAGAAAUUGACACUGCGGGGGUGCCAACUACCAUGGAACCAAAUGACAAUAGUGUGCAAGUUACCCAAACUCGAGGUGCUCAAGCUCAAGGAUUAUGCUUUCCAAGGAUCAGAAUGGGAGCCAACUGACGAACAUUUUCAGCAGCUAAAAUUCCUACUGGUGGAUGGGACUGAUCUUAUCCACUGGAAAGCCAGUUCUAUUCAAUUCCCUAAGCUUCAGAGUCUGGUCCUGAAAAACUGUUAUCGCCUGUCUGAGAUUCCCGAUGAGGUAGUGGAAAUACCUACAUUGCAGUUCAUUGAAUUGUAUCACUGUAGCUCUUCUGCAGACGACUCGGCAGAUAGGAUUCAAGAAGAACAACAUAGCAUGGGAAAUGACGAUCUUGUGGUGCGGAUCCACAAAUUUUUCAACUCUGAACCUUAAGGCCUGCGUUCUUUUGAAAUUUAGCG